GGGCGUCUCUUUCCGGCGCAGUUCGCUUUGGAUGCUGAUGCUGAGGCGCCUCGCAGAUCUGUAGCAUCGCUAGGUCUUCUGCGUUUAUCGCCAUGUUGUACUGCCUGAGGCUGCAGCACUGCGUUGACCUCUGUCUGGGCGGCCUGCUGUUGUUUUUAGCGGUGGGGCUGCAGCAGGUGGAAGCAGCAUCCUCUGCGGAGAUGAUCGACUUGAACUGGAAGCCGUUCAUCUACGGAGGGAUGGCGUCGAUUGUCGCAGAAUUUGGGACCUUUCCCAUUGACCUGACAAAGACUCGCUUACAGGUCCAGGGUCAGUGCCAGUACACGGAGGUGCGCUACAGAGGCAUGUUCCACGCCCUCUUUAAGAUCGGCAAGGAGGAAGGCAUCCGCGCGCUCUACUCUGGCAUUUCUCCGGCUCUGUUGAGACAAGCGUCCUACGGGACGAUCAAGAUCGGAACCUACAACUCUCUGAAGAGGCUGUUUGUGACCAAUCCAGAGGACGAGACGAUGGUCAUCAACGUGUUCUGCGGCGUCGUGUCCGGAGUCCUGUCCUCUUCUCUGGCCAACCCCACUGACGUCCUCAAGAUCAGAAUGCAGGCGCAGGGCAGUUUGCUCCAAGGCAGCAUGAUGUCCAACUUCAUGAACAUCUACCAGACCGAGGGCACCAGAGGGCUGUGGAGGGUCAGUCCUGCUUUACUUCACCUGGUGUCCCUUUGCUCUACUGAAGGCUCUUUUAGAUCUCGUCAUCUCGUUUGUCGGACUCAUUUUCCUCCUCGUCCUGCUCAGGGUGUCAUCCCCACAGCACAGCGAGCAGCCAUUGUGGUCGGGGUGGAACUUCCUGUCUACGACAUCACGAAGAAGCACCUCCUUCAAUCAGGACAAAUGGGAGACACCAUUAUGACGCAUUUCAUUUCGAGUUUCACGUGCGGCUUGGCCGGGGCGCUGGCGUCCAACCCCGUGGACGUGGUGCGCACCCGUAUGAUGAACCAGCGGGUUUCGUCGGGGGCCCCCAUGUACAAAGGAACCCUGGACGGGCUGAUGCAGACGUGGAAGAACGAGGGCUUCUUCGCUCUCUAUAAGGGGUUCUGGCCCAACUGGCUGCGGCUGGGGCCUUGGAACAUCAUCUUCUUCAUCACCUUCGAGCAGCUGAAGAAGCUCCCGUUUUAACCGGCGCAGGAGGCGGGACUUGGCCCGGUCUGUUGGACUGUGUUGGGAGUAAGAAGAGUGUGAGCUCGGCAGCACCCGGAGCUCAUUCACACUCCCCUCAAAUGUACGGCAUUGAUGCGACACUGUAUUUUGUCAUCUGCCUCCAUGCUCAUCCAAAUCUUCUGUUUCUCUCAUUUUCGGAUUUAGUUUUUAUUUAUCGUCGCUGGUUGUGUUUUCGUACUAUUGCCGUGGCGACACUCCACCAGGCAGCUAGAUGUUCCCGCUGUAGCAGAAGACGGAACGUGGAUUCCCUUCAGUUGAAAGACGGGAGUUUGCCAAAUGUGGAUUUGGUGAACUUUUGCCUUUUUUAUUUUCUUUAAACAGAUGCUUGAGAUUGUUUUUGUUCUUCACACACCUGGAAAAAACCUGGAAAAUGAGUUGGUUAGUCGUGUGCGUCGCAGAAUGUCCGUUCAGGCUGCUCAGCUACGCAGUUUCCUAAAAGUUAGGGUGAAAUUUUAAAAAUUGAACGACUCAAAACGCAGCAUUUUGAAUGCGUCGGCGCCGCAUGAGACGAUCUCUGUUUGUAAAUCGGAUUAAACUAAACCAAGCAGAAGGAGGAGGAUAAAGGAGAGUAAAACAGAGUAUUAAUCAUAACAAAAUUAGUAAAUUACAGAGCUGGAGGAAGAGGCAGAUACUCAGAAAAAGAAAAUCACAAAUUAACCUUUCCACGCAUUUCUUGUAAAUUAUGACCACAUAAAAAUGGAUUUCAAUUUUAUUUCUCAUACAUAUUUUUCAAAUCAUGAGCUCAUACGUGCGACUUUACUCGGCCUUUGUACGACCUUUAUCGCAGGUUUCUUUUCUCUUCAUAUUACCUUCUCCUGCAGCUCUGCAAAUCCUUCUUCUAUUCGUUACCUACAGAGACCCCAAAGCGCCGCGGUUACCGCUACAUUCAAUAUGUUGUCAAGAUCUGUACAUCGUGGUGCCUCAAAAAUGCAGUUUAAUCUGAAAAUGGACGAUGACUCGACACUCUGUCUGCGUUGUUCUAUUAAUCUUUUUUAAGGAGGUAUUUCAGACUUAUUUGAACACAAACUCUGGGAUCACAAAGAGUCCGUGAAGUUAUACUUGAAACGAGCAAAAGUCUGAACCAAAGCCUUUUUUAAUGGGCCUCUUAUUCCUUCACAACCAGACGGUGGACUUCCUCCUCCGGGUUUGUAUUCCUUAGCAGAUAUUCACUCCCUAUGAAGGUGUUUUACAUUUUAUCUUUUCUAUGGAUGCGUUUCUUUUUGUCACCUGCGGUCUGCAGCAUGGAGUCACAUUUCACAGCUGCAAGUCUUAGAUUCGAAAUGCAGAGAUUUCAGUUCAACUGCACAUGUAAAACAAACCAAAUUGGAAUGAAUUGUGUUUUCAAAUGUUUAACGCGUUAACUAUUUAAGCAUCACCAAACAUUUUCAUGCUGUUUUGUUUGAUCCAAAAAUCUUUUUGUUUCUAUGUUGGAGUCCAAUUUGUGAGUCGGCACAAUCAUGGAUCACGGAUGUAACAUUAAGUGUUUUUAAUCCGUAGCCGCAGGCGUUUAGUCCUGAAUCUAAAGGUUUUCUUCUCACUGUCUUGUUACAGCUUUACGUCGGUUUUUGUGUUUUCCUUCAGUAACUAACGUCUGCACUUUGUUCUAACAGUUCUCAAUUGUGAAAAUACAUUUAAGAAGCUGGUCCAAGAUAAUUCAGCGCGUCGAUUUACAUGGUCUAAUGUGUCUUCUAAGAUUUACAUUUUAAUAUUUUCUUCCAGACUAUCAUGGAUGCAUUUAAAACGGGCUGCUUUGACCUGCUGAGAUCCGUUCAGCCACGUCUGAGAAAUCUUUCGAAAGCACUUAAAGAUUAAACUUUAGUUUAUCGAUCAAAAGAGGCCAAAACGUGUUUAUCAAGCUGCUUUACAUUUAAUUGAGACAAGUCUUAAAGAGAUUUUGAUCGAUAACAUUCGUUACGUUUUAAAAACUCCACCCGAGUAAAACAAACCAAACUGUUUUUAAAUGACUGGUAGUUCUAAUUCUUCCUGUGAUUCCAUGAACGUGAGCGUAGUUGUCAGCUGUUCUGACACACAAACUCUCCAGAAGCUUUUUAUUUAUUUGUUUGUGUCAUUUUAUAGAGUUCUGUUUGUUUUGGUUGAUCUGAUUUGGCCUGAAUUAUUUAUUUGACUAUUUAGUCCUCCCACUGGCAUGGUUUGUUGAAAUGUCUUGUCAACGUUUUUGUAGUCUGUUGCCUAUUAAAAGAAGACUUGAUCCACAAAAUCACCAUUUAUGUAUCGGUUAUUUGCCCAGUGGUGUCUUGUAUCCUUCAGGCCUCCACACUGAACCAGAAUGAAAAAACACAACGACAGCAAAGCUAUAUGAAAUAAUCCUUUUUAUAUUUGCUUAUUGAUUUUGUAUCGGCAUCGUUCCUCCAGACCUCAUUCUGACUCUUCAAUUCUUCUCUGGCCGUUUAGUUUUAUUUUUCAUGAAUGAAUUCUUCAUUCGGUUCAUUUCUUUGAAUUGUUUGUGUUUGGUCCCACAAAGAAGUUUCAGUCAAAAUAUUAAAGUCACUCUGAUUUUCUAACACUUUAAAUUAGCGGUCUAACAAGGCGAAAAUGAUUUAAUAUAAAGUAUAUUUUCUCUUUUAACUUUUUGCACUUUGGUGUGUCAUCGCUGUCUCUAACCUCGAUGUUGGAUGAUUUUAAGGAGUGAGUUCUCAGUGUGUGUGUUAUAAGGUUUUUCUUUGUGUUCAGCUUUAUAUCAGUUCAAUGUUCACUCAAAUAAAAUAUAUGCUGUAAUGUUUUCACUA